GAUGCGGAAGCUUAGAAGGAGGCGCUGGCGGGCUUCUGCAACUGACAGCUCAGUGGCCGCCGGGACGCUGCGCUGGAGCGGGGGAGCCAAGGCAGAAUCCGGGCUCCUUUACCGCUUCUCCAAGCUGCCGCGACGCCGAUCUCCGUGCCAGGAUGGCUCGGGGCGAGCGGCGGCGCCGCGGAGCACCGACAAAUGGAGGGCGGACGGCUGAGGGGGCGGCUCGGGGUGGCCCUACGCGACGGGAAAGGCGGGCCGGCGUGGCCCGUGGCACUGUCGGGGGAGCCGUUCUGGCCAUCGUGGUCCUGCCUCUGGCCCUGACCCUGUCGGGAAGCUGGCUGCUGGCGUGGCACCGUGCGCGGCGGGCAGUCACGCUGCACUCCGCGCCCCCAGCGCUGCCUCCGGACUCUUCUAGCCCUGCCGUGGCUCCGGACCUUUUCUGGGGCACCUACCGUCCACACGUCUACUUCGGCAUGAAGACCCGCAGCCCGCAGCCCCUCCUCACCGGACUAAUGUGGGCACAGCAAGGCGCCGCCUCAGGGACCCCUAGGCUCAGGCACACGUGUGAACAGGGGGACGGCGUGGGUCCCUAUGGCUGGGAGUUUCACGACGGUCUCUCCUUCGGGCGGCAACACAUCCAGGAUGGGGCCUUAAGGCUCACCACUGAAUUCGUCAAGAGACCUGGGGGUCUGCACGGAGGGGACUGGACCUGGAGAGUGACUGUAGAGCCUCAGGCCUCAGGUACCUCUUCCUUCCCUUUGGUGUCCCUGUUCUUCUACGUGGUGACAGAUGGCAAGGAAGCCCUAGUGCCAGAGGUUGGGGCUAAGGGGCAGUUGAAGUUCAUCAGUGGGCACUCCAGCGAACUUGGGGACUUCCGUUUUACACUUCUGGCACCAACCAGUCCAGGGGAUACUGCUCCCAAGUAUGGCAGCUACAAUGUCUUCUGGUCCUCCAACCCAGGACUUCCCUUGCUGACAGAGAUGGUGAAGAGUCGCCUAAAUAGCUGGUUUCAGCAUCGGCCCCCAGGAGCCUCCCCUGAUCGCUACCUUGGCCUGCCAGGAUCUCUGAAGUGGGAGGACAGAGGCCCAAGUGGGCAAGGUCAGGGACAAGGGCAAUUCUUGAUACAACAGGUGACACUGAGAGUCCCUUUUUCUAUGGAGCUGGUGUUUGAAUCAGGCAGUGCCCAGGCAGGAGGAAACCGAGCCCUGGGGCAGCUGUCAGGCAGCCAGCUGACUCAGGCCCUGGAGGCCCAUACUAAAGCCUUUAGAGAGCGCUUUGAGAAGACCUUCCGGUUGCAGGAGAAGGGUCUGAGCCCUGAGGAGCAAUCUUUGGGUCAGGCUGCCCUCAGCGGCCUCCUUGGUGGGAUUGGCUACUUCUAUGGACAGGGUCUCGUGUUGCCAGACAUAAGUGAUGAGGGAUCUGAGCAGAAGGUGGCCCCAGCCCUCUUUCCACCUGUCCCUCUUUUCACAGCAGUGCCCUCCAGGUCAUUCUUCCCACGAGGCUUCCUUUGGGAUGAGGGCUUUCACCAGCUACUGGUCCAGCGGUGGGAUCCCCACCUCACCCGGGAUGCCUUAGGCCACUGGCUGGGACUACUCAAUGCCGAUGGCUGGAUUGGGCGGGAACAGGUGCUGGGGGAUGAGGCCCGAGCCCGAGUACCCCCAGAAUUCCUGGUGCAACGAGCAGCCCAUGCCAACCCCCCAACCCUGCUUUUGCCUGUAGCCCACAUGCUAGAGGGUGGUGAUCCCGCCGACUUAGCCUUUCUCCGCAGGGCCUUCCCUCGCCUGCGUGCCUGGUUCUCUUGGCUCCAUGAGAGCCAGGCAGGACCAGAGCCACUAUCUUACCGUUGGCGGGGUCGGGACCCAGCCUUGCCAACCCUACUGAACCCCAAGACACUGCCUUCAGGGCUAGAUGACUAUCCUCGAGCUUCACACCCUUCAGCUGCCGAACGGCACCUGGACCUGCGAUGCUGGGUGGCACUGGGCGCUCGUGUGCUUGUGCAGCUUGCAGAGCAGGUGGGAGAGGCUGAAGCAGCUGCAGAGCUGCGCCCACUGGCAGCCUCGCUGGGGGCAGAGGAGAUCCUGGAUGAGCUGCACUGGGCCCCAGAGCUAGGAAUCUUUGCAGACUUUGGAAACCACACAAAAGCAGUACAGCUGAAGCCUCAUCCCCCUCAUGGGCUGAUUCGGGUGGUGGGCCGGCCCCACCCUCGAUUGCAAUAUGUGGAUGCUUUGGGCUAUGUCAGUCUUUUUCCCUUGCUGCUGCGGUUGCUUGACCCUCACUCAUCCCGUCUUGGGCCGCUGCUGGAUAUUCUUGCUGACAGCCGCCAUCUCUGGAGUCCCUUUGGUUUGCGCUCCCUUGCAGCCUCCAGCCCUUUUUAUGGCCAGCGCAAUUCAGAGCAUGACCCUCCCUACUGGCGGGGUGCUGUAUGGCUCAAUGUCAACUAUCUGGCCCUAGGGGCUCUCCACCACUAUGGGCAGCUGGAGGGUCCCCACCAAGCCCGGGCUGCCAAGCUCCACAGUGAGCUCCGUGCCAAUGUGGUGGGCAAUGUGUUGCGGCAGUACCAGACGACAGGUUUCCUCUGGGAGCAGUACAGUGACCGGGAUGGACGGGGAAUGGGCUGCCGCCCCUUCCAGGGUUGGACCAGCCUUGUCUUACUGGCCAUGGCUGAAGACUACUGAAGGGAGAAUGUGGGAGGGGAGCCAGACCCCUUGUGCCACUCUAGACUACAUGGACCAGGUCUGUAGCUUCUGCCCCCAGCUACCAGUGCUUCAAAACCUCAUCUCAGGUGUCUCCUUACUGUCAUCCCACACAGCACUGGGGUGAAUGUGAAUUCAGAGUCUAUUUUUCUAAAUAAAUUGCAAAACCAUGAGAAACUAUUGUUUCUGCU